UAUCUCUGCAACUCCAUUUCAUUCAAAGUCUUUGCAAGCAGGCAUUUUUCCAAUCUGAAUUCCAAUUUUCUCCCUGGUUUCCGGGAAAAUGGCAGUGUCAGCCGAUGGCCGGAUCGCCUUGUCGGCGACGGGGCAGAUGAGCGGCCCCGAGGGGAUGCCGGGGAGUCGCUGGAGGCUGGUGAAGUUCUGCAAUGGAGAGUUGAUGGGGACCAAGAUGAAGACGACGAUGAAGCUGAAGCUGCAGCUGCAGCAGCAUGGCGCCAGGAAUGACAAUGCUAGGCCCUGUGUGUGCAUGUCUUUCACCACUGAUGUUGCAGGUGAGGUCAAGUUGAGAGACUUGGAUAUGGAAAAAAGGGACCCAAGAACAGUUGCAGCAAUUAUCCUAGGAGGGGGAGCUGGUACUCGCCUUUUCCCUCUCACCAAACGCCGCGCCAAGCCUGCUGUCCCCAUUGGAGGAGCAUACAGGCUAAUUGAUGUGCCAAUGAGCAACUGUAUCAACUGUGGAAUCAACAAAGUUUACAUUCUCACACAGUUCAACUCAGCAUCACUGAACAGGCACAUUGCACGCGCAUACAACCUUGGCGGUGGUGCAACCUUUGGAGAUGGCUAUGUGGAGGUUCUAGCAGCUACUCAAACUCCAGGUGAGGAAGGCAAAAGAUGGUUCCAAGGUACAGCAGAUGCUGUCCGCCAAUUCCACUGGCUUUUUGAGGAUGCAAGGAGCAAAGGGAUAGAAGAUGUGGUCAUUCUAUCAGGAGAUCACUUGUAUAGGAUGGACUAUAUGGACUUUGUUCAAAAUCAUCGGCAAAGUGGUGCAGAUAUCACCAUUUCUUGUUUGCCAAUGGAUGACAGCCGUGCUUCAGAUUUCGGGUUGAUGAAGAUAGACAACAAAGGAAGGAUCCUAUCAUUCAGUGAGAAGCCUAGGGGAGGUGAUUUGAAGGCAAUGGCAGUAGACACAACAGUUCUGGGGCUCUCAAGAGAUGAGGCUCAAAAGAAGCCAUAUAUAGCUUCCAUGGGAGUAUAUGUCUUCAAGAAGGAGAUACUGCUGAAUCUUUUAAGAUGGCGGUUCCCAACUGCAAAUGACUUUGGAUCAGAGAUUAUUCCUGCCUCUGCCAGAGAGUUCUUCAUAAAGGCUUAUUUAUUUAACGAUUACUGGGAAGAUAUUGGCACAAUUAGAUCAUUUUUUGAAGCAAACCUUGCCCUCACUGCACAUCCUCCCAGAUUUAGUUUCUAUGAUGCAGCCAAGCCAAUGUACACAUCAAGAAGAAACUUACCUCCAUCAAAGAUUGAUAAUAGCAAGGUUGUUGAUUCAAUCAUAUCACAUGGUAGUUUCUUAACUGACUGCUCCAUAGAACACAGUGUUGUUGGCAUCCGAUCCCGGAUAAACUCCAAUGUGCAAUUGAAGGAUACAGUUAUGCUUGGUGCUGACUACUAUGAAACUGACAGUGAAGUUGCAUCUUUGCUAGCUGAGGGAAGAGUUCCUAUUGGAAUAGGGGAAAAUACGAAAAUCAAGGAUUGCAUCAUUGACAAGAAUGCCAGAAUUGGGAAGAAUGUUGUUAUUGCUAACUCAGAGGGCAUUCAAGAGGCUGAUAGAUCCUCAGAAGGGUUUUAUAUAAGAUCAGGCAUUACCAUCAUAUUGAAAAACUCAACAAUCCAAGAUGGCUUUGUUAUAUGAUGAGCAUGGCUAUCAUAAUCUCCUCUAUUUUUUUUUGGUUCAAUUAGAGAGGGAAAUAAAAAUUUGUGAGAUACACACUGAUUAUAUCCUUUAUUGUGUUCUAUCAAUGUGGAUUUUUGAUUUUAUGAUAUGAUAAAUGCAUCUGGUUCUUGA